ACAGUGUCUCGUUGUCCAGGUACUCUGUUUCAACCGAGAAGACACUAGAAUAUUAUUAAAAUCGAAACUAUGCACGGUUGUUAUGUGACAAAAAAAACAUUUUGUGUUAGUGACAAUAUCUCUUGAACGAAAAAUGAUAAGAAGUCGGAAAACGUCUAGUUCUCAGAAAAAUAGCCUGUUCUAUAAAACUGUCGAGGAAAAGUUCAGUAUUAAUAAAUUAUAGUGUUUUCUCUCAUCGUACCCGAAACAAUGUCACUUUCGUCGAGACGACGUUUUCGCAGAUUUUUUUUAUUAAAAUCAAAACUAUGCAAGGUUUUUAUGCGACAAAAUUUUUCUUAUGAUGCUAUUUGCAAGAGCACGAAAAACUCUAUAUUUCAGACUAGUUUUGCUUCAGACAGAAGAAAUUUACACGAAGUUUAGAAAAACGUUUUCGAAAUUAUACUCUAAAAAAAAAUGCGACCUAGGGUCAGGUUUAGACAGUGUCAAUAUUCUAGUGUCUUCUCAAUUGAAACAGAGUACCUGGACAACGAGACACUGUAGUAAAAUUUAUUUUUCCCAGAAAUAUGCCGAAUCUAGCUAGAUGAAUAAGUAUUUAAACUUUGUACGUCGUUUAAACAAGCUAAAAAACAAAAAAAGCUCUACUGAAUCUAUAAUUUUGCACAGCGAAAAGAUUCCACUUUUUGAUACAAAUAUUACUUCGAGCCAACCGAACAUCGUCAAAAAUUUUGAAGAGCGCAUUCGGAAAGAAGAGAGUCUGUUCUACAAACAUCACAUAUCGGUUUCUUUGAGAAAAGCGUAGUGAUCUCACAAGGACCCGAACAUUUCAUGCAUAUAGAGUGAACCAUAACAUAAUGUUUUUAGUAUACGCCACUUUCGUACAGCAGAGCCUUAUUGGUACGAAUUAUAGCUAGACUUUGCCUAAUUACCAUUUGAGAGGAAAAUCUUCAAUUUACAAAAUGAGACGUUUCCCACUUCUGUACGUUUCUCAGCUCAAGCGGUAUGACUUUCACAAAGCGUUGCGGACUUAUGUUUUUGACGGACACGCAUAGACAGGCCAUGUACGGAUAACGAAUAACAUAUGUUUCGGCUCGAUUUUAGUUAGAAAUGUGUCAUACUAUACUUUUGGAAAAUUUAUUAAAGAAUAAUCAAUCUGUCGUUGUUAUUUUUUCGUUUAUACUUUUUUUAGAAACAAUCCACAACGCCUCCACUAUCGACAUCGAGUACUCAAAGUAGUGCAACCGGAAGUCUUGAUGGUUUAGAUAAUCAAUCACGUUCAGAUUCAAAUUCAACAAUAUCUUCAAUAUCAUUUGUUCGUGAAACAAUUAAAUCUAAUGAGCCACGUUCAGCAUCAACUAUUGCAUAUCUUUUACAAAGUCAAUCCUGUGUCUAUGAAACAUAUAAAACCAUUUUUCUUAAUCACUUUCACAUCAACUAUUAUGGAAAACAUGAGAGAGAAGGAUGUUUCAUAGCAUCUGUACGCCAUUUUUCAAAAUCAUCAGAUCUACAAAAUGGAAAAAUAUCGAAUUCAGAAAAUGAUAUUCGUGAAAAUUCAUCAGAGCACGAAGUUCAUGCAAUUAUAAGGACUCAGUUAAAUAGCUAUUAUCGAAAACAAGUGACUACUGGAAACGACGAUCAGGUUCUACGAACAAUAUUUGAAAGCGUUCAAAUGUAUCCCCUAAUAAGAUUUGAGCCAGUAGGCGAUUAUAAGGCCAAUGAUAAAAUUUAUCGUUUUGAUAAACGAAAUGAUGAAAGACAAUAUUGUAAAAUUGGCGUAUACUAUCAAAAAUUAGGCCAGGAUACAGAAAAUGCAAUAUUAAGUAAUAGAUUUCAAUCAAAAUAUAUGGAAAACUUUUUAAAUUUAAUAGCAGGAGAAAAAGUUCGUUUGAAAGGAUUUAAAAAUUACAAAGGUGAUCUUGAUGUCAAAGAAGAUCUACAUGGUUUAUAUUCUUAUCAUACUAUUCAUGAACAACAUGAAAUUAUGUUUAACGUUGCACCAAUGAUACCAAGUUCGAUUGGGAUAAAUGGAGAAUAUGUUGAACGUAAAGCACUUAUGAAUAGUCCAAAAUUAUAUCCUGGUGCGGACUUUAAACCAGAUAUAAUGGCUGGUAGAGUAAAUCAAGUUUAUAUAACUGUACAACCAACAAAUAUAUCAUUAAAUAUUGAUGCAAAUGCGUACAGCAUACCGUCCGAGCAAUUAUAUUAUAAAAUCGAGAUAUGGAAACGUCCUGAUGUGCCAGACAUUCAUCCGUCCGGUGGCACGUACAAACACGAUGAUUCUAUACGCGAAUACAUACUUACGUUGAUAUUGAAUAGUGUACAUUCAGCGGUCGAAACACCAUUCUUAAAACCGCGCAUACCAGAACCGAGACAGAGAGCAAAACACGAAGAAUUAAAACUAUUAUGCCAGGAAUUUAUUCAAUCAGUGGAUCACUUAUCACCAUUAGUGCGAGAUUUCGAAGACCAAGACCUGGCGCCGUAUGUUCACCAUCCAAACACGAUUUCUCCCCAAGAUCAAGACGAACUAAUAUCACCAUCACCUUGUGGUCCAAUAUCACCAACUAGUAAUCAGUCACCUCCUAAAUCGCGACUAACUUUUAAGAAAAUAUUUAGUGCAAUAAGUGGUGGUCCAACAAAAGAAAACAAGUCAAAUACAAUCAGUCAUUCGCAGUUGUAUCAAUAUUCAUCCGAUUAUCCUAUGUCAAAAUCAGGAAAAACUAGAGCACCGAGUAAAGCCUCAAUACCUUUAAAUAUGCCUAUCCAAUCGUCAACUUCACAACAACAUCCGAUAAUAAUAGUUACGCCUGACAUAUCUGGGUCCAGACAAGAACCAUUUAUUUCUACCAAUAAAUCAUCGAUACCAAAUCCAUUCCUGUCUGUUGAUCAUAUACGUAGUCGUUCAACUUCAUCGCCUCAGGAGCCAGUUCAAAAAGGAACUAGUGCCACUGCUGCAGCAUCUUCAUCGACUUCAGACGACGAUAGCAAUGAAGAUUCAGAUGAUACGAGUGAAAAUGAAGAGUCUGAAGACGAAAUUGAACCGUCAACAACGAAAGAACGAACAAAUCAGUUAGGAGGAACAUUACCAGCGUCUUCUACAAAUAGAACAAAUUCUUUUAUUCGUUCAUCAUCAUCGACAGCUUCGAAUACAGCUGUUCGUUAA